AAGUUAAAAAUUUACCCGAUCGGACCUCUCACUACGGGAGGGAGACAGAGUUCGUCACUAGGGUUUGCGAAAUUGAUCUAAUUGUUAUGGCGGCCGGUGGUUUGCGGUGUCUAAUCAUCAAUGCGGUCACAAGAACUGAACAGAAGGAAUUGGUGUUAGUAGAGCACUUUUCGAAUUGUCAAUUCCGUCACGACAAGAAUUGAUCGGAAGGAAUUGGUACUGUUAGCACUGUAAAUAGGUGUAGAUUCAAAGAGAACGAUCAGGAAACCUUUCAAUGCCAAAAAUACUCCCGUUGGGACUGAUCACUAUAAGGCGUUCUGUAGACUGCAGUUUGGAAUUGCGAAUCCGAUUGAUGGAUCAGAGGAAGAUUUGAUUCGAAGAAACUAGUGCUAGUAGCACUGUAAGUGGUCGUAUGAAUGGAAACUGAACAAUAUGGCGGUGGGAGAGAGAAAUUUCGUAUCGUUGUUUGAGGGAUUUAGUCGGAAAUCCAUGGCUCUCUCCGUCUACGUGGAAAUCAAUUCCUUUGCGGCAUUCGCUUUCCCCACUCCUAUUCUUGUCCUUCCGAACCCUACAUGCACAUACGUUCACAUACAUGUUUAUUGACUAAUUGUACAGGAUUGAUGAAUCUUCCAUGCUGUUCAAUUGCACGAGUAAUGCUUUGACUACAUGCUUUUUGUUUGGUGAACAACUAGGGUUUCGUUGACAACCUUAGACAUUCCAAUUGUUAAUGCUCUUAAUCUUGUUUGUUUUGAAUGUACCGUGCCACUUUGUAAGGGUUUUUGAACUGUUGUUUCGUAUGUUAUAGAAGUACUUAUUAAGAUCAUGCAAGGCGAAGCACUUGUAACACUUGGAUGAUCAACAACAAGGCAUAUAACUUUUAGUUGGCAAUAUGACCAAAUAUAUGUGCACAGUUUUGAGUGACUGUAAAAGAUUAUUUAUGAGCUUCAGUCGUCAAUUUGGUUGGUAUGAGAUAUUUGUUUAUUUCUUUACAAACAAUAUUUUUGUUAAUCAUAGCUUUUAUUUGUUUAUGUGUUUUCUAGAUGUGUUGCCUACUCUACCAUCUAAAACCGUUGUGAAAGACAUCUGAUAUUGCGUACAUGUGACUACGUGAGCAUGUAUAUUGGUAUCAAAGAAUUUUGUACAAUUUCAUGUCAACUAGAAAAGAAGAGGCACUUGAUAAGCCAGAAUCACCAUUCUGGAACGCUGACUGGAAAUGGACCAACUUAAUAUGUUGAUAAAGAUGAGGUACAUUUGAAAAUUCUUCCUUUCUCCUUCAGUUUCUCAUCACUUAUAUAGUUAUAUUUUCAUAUUGUUGUACAAUGUUCAUACAUGGGAGCCUACAUUACCUUGCCCUUCCCUGACCCUUUCUCCACUUUUAUUUUGCGUUCUAUCUGCUUUUGAUAUUAUUUGAUGAUUACUUAGACAAGGUUUGCAGGUUAUGCUUAUACGCAUAAAAAUGCUUUGAAUAGUGAAGAGAAAAGUAAUAUUUGAAUGUUAUGCAAGGUAUUGCAUUAUUUGCUCCUUUAAGGGAAUGCAAUGAAUUUCUGCGGGAAGAACUUUUUAUAGAGAUUUAAAUUUGUUCACAUGUUUGCAUAAAAAUGUACUUUUGUGAACAACUUAGAUCGUCUUUUAACAGGCACCAGGGUCAACAUUACAGCAAUAUGUGCAGCACAAUUAUCACACGUAUCGUGGUGCAGGUUUCUUCACUCGCUUAAGCAUGAAGUUUGAGUUAACUGUUUGUCUUUCCUCUCUUUUUUAUUUACUCUGCUAGAAUGAUUCUGUGAUGGGUAAAUUUUUUAAAGAAUGAGUUGAGUCGAUGUUAUCAUUUAAUUAUCAGCUGAACUUUGUUGGGCUAUUACAUGAUUCAUUUCCACUCUACUAGUAGCAAAUGCAUUACUUUCCAUCUGGCGAGAUAUAUUUGUAUGAUGAAUUGUUAGACUUUUCCAUGCUUAAAUUUAGUUUAAAAUUCUUUCUAAUUUCCAGGAAAAUAAUACGUUGUUUGAAUUAGGAAAAAAAACUCAAUUUGACAGAAUUUUCUAGAACUUGACCCAACUUGACCCCAUUAAAUUAAGUGAAAUACCUUCGAGAACAAAUGAUUAUUAUUGUGAUAACAAAUGCAGUUGUUGGUUUCUUUUCUAUAUACUUUUGUAGUUGUUAAAUUUAGAGCUGGGGUAGAAGUUCAGGAACAAUUCUUCUGAUUUUUUCUGGUGGCACAAAGUAAUUUGAGAAGUCAAUUUAUAUGUCAUUGUGAUAUUCUGUAGACGUCUUUGGAAUGGCAUUGAUUGAAACGCGGACCUGUAAUAUAUGUAUCUACACCCAUAUACACAUGCGCGUGCACACACACACACAUAUAUCCUUAUAUGUUUCUUUUAUCUUCAAUCCUUCGAACUGAAGAGUUCAAAGAAGUAGUCCUUCCUCCCAGAGCUGAAAUAGCUGGGCUUAUUUCUUCAAUGGAGGUAAUGCGGACUCUUAUCCUUCUUGGUACUUUCGAAUGAGGCAAGGCCUUUCCCUAUCACGACCUCCUUCCUUUAUUCGGCUCCCAAAGACCCUAAACCAACCGGCUCUGUUCCCUCUAUUAGAAGACCACUCCCUCCGCGUAAGAUGGAUGGUACCCACCCUCUCAGGGCCUUGCCUUCCUUAAAAGUUGUCGCUCGAUCGAAAGGAUAUAACACAUACGAAACCGCUCCGUGGGCUUCGCUUACUUUCUGAGGUAUAACCUCAGAGUUUGCCAGGCCAGGAGUUGCAGUUGCCGCUCUUUCUCUUGCCGCUGCUCUCGUUUCCGUUGCUUGUCUCUUUCCUCUUGCUUUUCUUUUGGGGAAUUAGCCCUCGGCAAGGAAGGUCAAAGAUAUGAUGGACAUUGAGUCGGUGCAUAUGGAAUAUCUAAUUGAUUCUCUACACGUGUAAGAUAUUGUGCUUCUUUUAGGUAUUGUGAUGCCAUUUGCAAGAGCAUUUAUGGUGAAAAUUAUGUAAAUAUUCAUUCUGAAGAAGCAUUGCAUUAUCUUUUAACUGCUGAGCGCUCCUGACACACAAAAGCAGUAGUCUGAUUGUUUCUGCAAUUAAUAUUUGGUCCUCCAAUACUGCAUAUUUAUCUAGUGAAAGCCUUUUUGCAAGUAUUUUGGAAUUAGCUUGUGCAAAUUUCAUUAGCUACCCUUGCUGAGAUUUACCUUAUGUAUAGUGACGGAGUUUGAUGUUUAGUUUGGGAUCUAAAGUCUUGAUAACUAUCAUUUUUUUCUUGUACGCAUCGUAUAAGUUUAUGACUGGUGUCCUUCCUUUACAGUGGGAUACCCUUGUUUGGUUUUGUCAUGGGCUAUUGAUUUACGCACCAUUUUACCUCUGUGUACAUGGAUGCACCUUUGGCCUUCUUUAGUUAUUUGCCUUGCCAGAUUAUGGUUUGAUUUAUAGUUAGAAACAAACCCUUGGCAGAUGUUUUCUCUCGUAUGAAACACGGUCCAAUGCCAGGAACAUUGCAAGCAUUUUGCAAUGUGCAUUAGACUUCAGGUUUUGUCUUUGCCGGGGGCUUGGGAUGGAGAUUUGUGGGGUAAAUUUUCUAGAGUUUGUAUCCCAGGUGCUUGCCAUAAAGCAAAAGUUUGAAACAAAUCUCUGAGAAUAGCAUUUAUGUUAUGAAAUGGAGUUGGAGAAAGAGACAAGAGGUGGGAGUCUGCUGUUUGCUGUUAAUGGAGAGAGGUUUGAGCUCUCCUCUGUUGACCCUUCUACUACUUUGCUUGAGUUCUUGCGUUAUCAGACUCACAUCAAGAGUGUCAAGCUAGGCUGUGGCGAAGGCGGUUGUGGUGCUUGUGUAGUUCUGCUUUCCAAGUAUGACCCUAUACUUAAGCGCGUUGAUGAUUUUACAGUGGCUUCAUGUCUCACACUACUUUGCAGUGUGAAUGGAUGCUCAAUUACAACAUCAGAAGGCUUUGGGAAUAGCAAAAAUGGAUUCCACCCAAUUCACCAAAGGUUUAGUGGUUUUCAUGCUUCUCAAUGUGGCUUCUGUACACCUGGGCUAUGUGUUUCACUCUUUUCAGCCAUUGUUAAUGCUGAAAAGACCAAUCGGCCAGAUCCUCCUCCCGGAUUCUCAAAGCUGACAGUUUCUGAAGCUGAAAAGGCCGUUGUUGGGCAUCUUUGUCGUUGUACAGGGUAUCGCGCUGUUGCAGACGCUUGCAAGAGUUUUGCCGCUGAUGUUGAUAUUGAAGAUUUAGGGUUGAACUCUUUCUGGAACAAGGGAGAUAGUAGGGAAGUAAAGAUAAACAAACUAACUGCAUACAAUCAUAAUGAUAAAGUUGUCACAUUCCCGGAGUUCUUAAUGAGGGAAAUGAAAUCUGCUAUGACUUUGGAUUCUAAAAGAUAUCAUUGGUACAGUCCUGUCAGUGUUGAUGAGCUUCAAAGCCUGCUAAAAACAGUUGAGGCAAACUAUGGAACCAGGAUGAAAUUAGUAGUUGGUGAUACGGGUAAGGGAUAUUAUAAGGAAAUAGAAUUCCAUGACAUAUACAUUGACCUUAGACAUAUACCUGAACUCUCUGUGAUUCAGAGGCAUCAGAAUGAGAUUGAAAUUGGAGCAGCCGUGUCUAUUUCUAAAGCUAUUGAAGCUUUGAAGGAAGAAAACAAUGCUGCACUUCACUCACAAGGUGAGACAGUGUUCAAAAAAGUUGCUACCCAUAUGCAAAAGAUUGCAUCGAUAUUCAUUCGUAAUACAGCGAGUGUUGGAGGAAAUUUGGUGCUGGCACAAAGGAAGCGUUUUCCUUCAGAUCUAGCUACAGUUCUUCUUGCUGUGGAUUCAUGGGUCAAUAUAAAGACAGGUACUAGGCGUGAAACGCUUACACUGGAAGAAUUUCUGGGAGGGCCUCCAUUGGAUUUGGAAAGUGUACUUUUAAGUGUUAUAGUUUCAAAUAGGGAGUUGAUGAGCAAUUCAUCAUCUGAAAUGAACAAAAAGUUGCUAUUUGAAACCUAUAGAGCUGCACCUAAACCCCUAGGUAAUGCAUUAGCUUAUUUAAAUGCUGCUUUCCUUGCUGAAGUGUCUAGCUCUAAAUCUUCCGUUGGAAUUAUGUUGAACAACUGUCAGUUGGCCUUUGGUGCUUAUGGGACGAGACAUGCAAUAAGAGCUAGAAAGGUUGAGGAGUAUUUAACUGGAAAAACUUUGAGUGCUAGUGUUCUAUAUGAAGCUUCACAGUUAGUGCAUGCUACUGUGGCACCUGAAUAUGGCACCUCAAGUGCUGCGUAUAGGUCAAGCCUUGCCAUUGGUUUUCUUUUUGACUUCCUUGGCCCCUUAACAGACACCGCUAACAUCUCUAGUUGUUUGUUGGAUGGAUGUGAUACUACUUCCAUCUUUCUGGAUUCCAAAGUGAUGCGGGGUAAGGGCCAGGUUGAUCGUGUGGAACUCCAAACUUUGCUAUCAUCCUCAAAGCAGGUGCUUGAAAUCAGUGAAGAGUAUCGACCUGUAGGUGAGCCAAUAACAAAAUCUGGAGCUGCCAUCCAAGCAUCAGGCGAGGCUGUUUAUGUGGAUGACAUUCCCGCUCCUAUUAAUUGCCUCUAUGGAACUUUCAUUUAUAGCACGAAGCCUUUGGCGCGGGUUAAAGGUAUAGAAUUUGAGACUAAAUCAACCCCGGAUGGAGUCAUUGGACUAAUUUCUUUCAAAGACAUUCCAGAAGGUGGGGAGAACAUCGGUUCUCAAUCCAUUUUUGGUAAAGAAGCUCUAUUUGCUGAUGAGCUUACUCAGUGUGCAGGACAGCCUGUUGCCUUUGUGGUUGCAAAUACACAGAAACAUGCAGAUAUGGCAGCGAAACUUGCAGUGGUUCAUUAUGAUACAGAAGAUUUAGAACCACCCAUUUUAUCCGUGGAGGAUGCUGUUAAGAUGUCUAGUUUUUUUGAGGUUCUUCCCUUUAUUUACCCCAAGCAGGUUGGAGAUUUAUCAAAAGGAAUGGCUGAAGCUGACUACAAGAUAAACUCUGCCCGGAUGAGCAUUGGGUCACAGUACUAUUUCUAUAUGGAGAAUCAAACUGCCCUUGCAAUUCCAGAUGAAGAAAACUGCAUGGUGGUUUACAGUUCAAGUCAGUGCCCCGAAUCCGCAGGCUCUACCAUUGCAAGAUGUCUUGGUAUUCCCGAACAUAAUGUCCGCGUAAUUACUAGAAGAGCUGGGGGUGGAUUUGGUGGAAAGGCUAUGAGAGCCAUGCCUGUUUCUACUGCAUGUGCAGUUGCAGCACACAAAUUACAGCGGCCUGUCAGGACUUAUCUCAAUCGCAAGACUGAUAUGAUAAUGGCAGGAGGAAGACAUCCCAUGGAAAUAACUUACAGCGUAGGAUUCAAAUCUGACGGGAAGGUUACAGCCUUACAACUUGAAAUAUUAGUCAAUGCCGGAAUAUCUGCAGAUAUAAGUCCAAUGAUGCCACGAAAUAUAAUGUGUACACUCAAGAAGUAUAACUGGGGUGCCUUAUCUUUUGAUAUUAAGGUAUGCAAAACAAACCACUAUUCUAAGUCAGCUAUGCGGGCACCCGGGGAGGUACAAGGGUCAUUUAUAGCUGAAGCUGUAAUUGAACAUGUAGCAUCUACUCUCUCUGUGGAUGUGGAUUCCGUCAGAAAAAUGAAUCUCCACACAUAUGAAAGCCUUAAUUUAUUCUAUGGGAAUAGCUCCGGUGAAUUGAAAGAGUAUACUCUAUCUUCAAUAUGGGAUAGAUUGGCGACAUCUUCAAGCUUCAAACAAAGGACUGAGUCAGUAAAAGAGUUCAAUAGGCAGAAUAUAUGGCAGAAAAGAGGUAUUUCAAGGGUACCAAUAGUGCAUGAAGUGAUGUUGAGAUCAACUCCCGGGAAAGUAAGCAUUCUUAGGGAUGGAUCUGUUGUUGUUGAAGUUGGAGGGGUUGAAAUUGGCCAAGGGCUUUGGACAAAGGUAAAACAGAUGACUGCAUAUGCUCUCGGUUUAAUUAAAUGUGACGGAAGUGGAGACCUCUUGGAGAAAGUACGAGUCAUACAAUCUGAUACCUUGAGUUUAAUUCAAGGCGGGUUUACUGCUGGAAGCACUACAUCUGAGGCAAGCUGCGAGGCAGUAAGUCUAUGCUGUAAAGUAUUGGUUGAGCGACUUACCCCUCUCAAGGAAAGCUUGCAGGAGCAAAUGGGUUCCAUCAAGUGGGAGACACUCAUUGUACAGGCAACUCUGCAAUCUGUCAACCUAUCAGCAAGUUCUUACUUUGUUCCAGAAUUGACUUCCAAGGCCUACUUAAACUAUGGGGCUGCAGUCACCGAGGUGGAGGUAAACAUUCUAACUGGGGAAACUACAAUUUUGCGUUCAGAUAUCGUAUAUGACUGUGGGAAAAGUCUCAACCCUGCUGUGGAUUUAGGACAGAUUGAAGGAGCAUUUGUUCAAGGUGUUGGAUUUUUUAUGCUUGAAGAAUACCUGACAAAUGAAGAUGGAUUAGUGGUGGUAGAAGGCCCGUUCACAUACGAAAUCCCUACAAUAGACACCAUUCCAAGACAAUUCAAUGUUGAACUACUGAACAGCGGACAUCACGAAAAACGUGUCCUCUCUUCGAAAGCUUCUGGUGAGCCUCCACUACUCUUAGCAUCCUCAGUUCACUGUGCCACAAGAGCAGCUAUUAGAGAUGCCCGCCUACAACUUCUCUUAUGGAGGGGCAUAGAGGGGUCAGAAGACUCGGAUUUCCAGUUGCCCAUUCCAGCCACUAUGCCUGUUGUAAAGGAGCUCUGUGGCCUAGACAUGGUUGAGAGUUAUUUGCAGUGGAAAAUGAGAAGACAGUGAAGAAGUUCUAUGAGUUAGCUAAACUGAGACACGGGAGCUGUUCUUUUCAUAUUAAAAGGAUAAAUGAUCCUAUAUGAGAAUCCCACUCGCCAAGUAACUUCUUCUUUUUUCCCGGAAAAUUAGCAGACCAAAUCCAAAUUUCUUUUUUCCGAAAUUUGCAGUCAUUACCCA